AUGUCUCCUGCAUCCACUAUUGUCACAGGGGAAAAUGCCACAUCAGCUCCCGAAACCACAACCACCACUGAUAGAGGCUUCCUUACUUCCACCAGCACCACAGAGGAAAGCACGAGACCAGAAACCCCGACUGAGACACAGACAGCCUCUGAAGGUACUAAGGAAUUACACAUUUCAACCACCCCACUCGCAGGCAACAGCAGUACCUCAGCUCCAGAAAUCCUUUCCACAGGUGCUGAAGUGUCUGCUACUCCUGAACCACAUGUUAACACUUGUGUACCUCGCUGCGGUGCUUCAUUUCAUGACCUCACCAAAGCAUUUAAGAUUGACCUAAAUGCAAAUGCAAACUGUGCCUGGCAAAUUCAGAGGAAUGAAAAUCAAACAAUUAGGCUGAUUUUCUCCAAUUUUGAAUUUGCUCCUUCUUCAAGCUGUGAAACAGAAAGCAUUAAGGUAUAUGAUGGUACCUCAACUGAUUCACCUCUUCUUGGACAAGUAUGUAACAACACUGAUGCAGUCCCGGUAUUUCAAUCAUCUUCAGACAGUUUAACUUUCGUCAUAACAACAGACUCUGUGGAUUUUGCAAGAAACUUCUUUGUCCAUUACUAUUUUUCAGCAAUUACAAAAACUGAAGAUUGUGGAGGACUAUUAACUGGUCCCAAUGGGACACUGACCAGCCCCAACUACCCAGGACCUUACCCUGAAUUUACAUACUGCGUCUGGCACAUACAAGCACCAGAACACUCAAAGAUACACUUGGAGUUCCAGGAUUUCUUCCUGGAACUAGACCUGAAGUGCCGAUUUGACUUCGUAGCAGUCUAUGAUGGCCUCACCACUAACACUGGCUUAAUAGGAAAAGUAUGUGGUCGUUCUCAGCCCAAAUUUGAAUCUUCUUCAAAUGCUAUGACAGUUGUGCUGUCUGCAGACUAUGCCAACUCCUACAGAGGUUUUUCUGCUCAUUAUACCAGUUCUCCCCUUCCAAGCAGACCUGUGGAGCCCACAAUGCUCACAUGCUCUUCGGAGAGCAUGAAUAUUGUUCUGAGCAAGUCUUACCUGGCCUCCCUUGGAUAUAAUGAAACCCAUGUACGGGUGAAUGAUCCAUCUUGCAGACCAGUAGUCAUCACAGAUUCGGUGAUCUUCUCCUUCCCAUUAACCAGCUGUGGAACAACUAAAAAGGAUGACGGUCACAGCAUCACUUACACCAACAUCGUAUCUCUCUCUGCAACUGGCAACAUCAUCACCCGUCAGAAGAGCAUACAGAUCGUUGUACAGUGCAUAAUGGAAAACAAUUCAACCUUGGAAGUUGUUUACAUAACGGAAGAUAACAUAAUCCAAAACACAACUGCUGUGGGAAGAUACAAUGUUAGCAUGUCAUUCUAUGAUUCAGGUUCAUUCUCCGAGCCAAUACGUCAGUCCCCGUAUUAUGUAGACUUGAACCAAACUCUUUUUGCUCAAGUCAGUCUUCACUCCACUGACCCAAACCUUCUGGUGUUUAUUGAUACCUGUGUAGCAUCACCAGAGGCUGAUUUUGGAUCACUAACAUAUGACUUAAUCAGAAGUGGCUGCAAUAAAGAUGACACUGUGGUAACCUACCCACCAGUGGAACACUAUGCGAGAUUCAAAUUUAACGCGUUCAAGUUCCUGCAGAGCUUUGCAUCUGUUUAUCUCCAGUGUGACAUCCUGAUUUGUGACUCCAACAACAACAACACCCGCUGCACCCAAGGCUGCAUCUCCAGACAGAAAAGAGACAUUUCUUCAUACCUGUGGAAAACCAACGCUGUAGUAGGUCCCAUUCGUGUGAAGAGAGACCUCAGGUCUGCCGAUCACUCAGAAUCCCUCACUAAAGCAGAUGCUGAAGAAUCCCCAAACCUCCAAUACAGCAUCUACACGCUUUCAGUGGUGGUUUUGAUUUCAAAUAUCAUCAUUGCAGUAGUGGUGAUACUGAAAUACCACAAACACCAAGCAGGACACGGCUACCAAAAACUCCAGAGCUCCUAUUAA